AGAUGGCGGCCGUAGUGGAGAAUGUUGUCAAACUGCUGGGGGAGCAGUAUUACAGGGAUGCUUUGGAGCAGUGCCAUAACUAUAACGCCCGACUGUGUGCAGAGAGGAGUGUCAGAAUGCCCUUCCUUGACUCGCAGACCGGAGUCGCCCAGAGCAACUGCUACAUCUGGAUGGAGAAGAGACACAGAGGACCAGGUAUGGCUCCUGGGCAGCUCUACACAUACCCCGCCCGCAGGUGGAGGAAGAAACGACGGGCUAACCCACCUGAGGACCCCCGCCUGGCCUUCCCUACUCUUAAGUCAGAACUGGACCUGGGGCUGAAGAGGGACCCUCUGUCGUCCAGUGACGGCAGCAGCCUGGAGGCUCUGCUAAAGGCCGAGCCGUUGGAUAAGAGAGGCACACUGGAGCUGCGAGGGCCUGAUGACGAGUCCUCUGCCGCCGAAUACUCCACAGGGAGCCUCAACCCUGCCACGCGAGUCCGCAAGCGAAUCCUGGAGCCUGACGACUAUCUGGAUGACUUGGACGAUGAAGACUAUGAGGAAGACACCCCCAAAAGACGAGGCAAAGGCAAGGGCAAGGGUCGUGGGGUCGGCACCGCUCGGAAAAAGCUUGAUGCAGCCGCGUUGGAGGACCGGGACAAACCCUAUGCCUGCGACAACACUUUCAAACAAAAGCAUAUUUCAAAAACUUCUGAACGAGUCUGUGGGAAGCGAUAUAAAAACAGACCAGGGCUCAGUUACCAUUAUGCUCAUUCUCAUCUGGCUGAAGAAGAGGGUGAGGACAAAGAGGAGGCGGACAUUCACACGCCAACGCCACCUCAACAGGAGGAGCCUAAGACUCCUAAGAAAGGUCCGGAUGGUCUGGCUUUGCCCAAUAACUACUGUGAUUUCUGCCUGGGUGAUUCUAACUUGAAUCAGAAGACAGGACAGUCAGAGGAACUGGUGUCCUGCUCAGACUGUGGACGCUCAGGUCAUCCCUCUUGUCUGCAGUUUACUCCAGUCAUGAUGGCUGCGGUGAAGACGUACCGCUGGCAGUGUAUCGAAUGCAAGUGCUGCAACAUGUGUGGGACGUCCGAGAACGACGAUCAGCUGCUGUUCUGUGAUGACUGUGACAGAGGCUAUCAUAUGUACUGCCUUAGUCCUCCCAUGUCUGAACCCCCUGAAGGAAGUUGGAGUUGCCAUUUGUGUUUGGACCUGCUGAAAGAGAAGGCCUCCAUAUACCAGAACCAGAACCAGAACGCUCCGCCGUCGUGAUGAUCCCACCACCAGACGCUCUGGCUCUCAGCCCGGGGGCCCCAGGCCCUCUAAGAGAGUGCACACUCGUUUACGGAACGAGGGAAGGGGAAGGAGGAGAGCUUUUUGGGGAUCUGAAAAGGGAAGUGUCCAUAACCCAGCCCUUUAGCGACAAACAGACGGAGAACUGGGGCGGAGCGUGAGGGACUAGGGGUGGAGUGAAAAAGUGGAGUCCUAUUCUAGAUCUAACUCUGUCUCUCUCUCUCUCUCUCUCCUCUCCCUCUGUCUCUCAGUCUCUCUCUUUACUCUCUUUCCUUGUAUGACUGUUACACAGUUUAAAUUUCGAACUACCCAGCGCUCUUUGUUUUCAACUAUUUGUCUAAAAACCAAAUCAGCACCACAAGAACGACAACAAAAAAACACAUGAAACAAUAGUUAAAAGCUCCACAUGACUGAGCUGCCAGAAAAAAAGAAAAAAAAGAAACAAACACACGUUUCCACAGUGAGAUAGUAUGACUUUUUUGAGCUUUGCUCAUAAGCCAACAAACCACAAACAGCAGUUUCAAAGAACAGGCAAAACUGUUGACCAGUAUCACAGAGCUCACUCUGGCUUCUUCACAUUUGUUACUUGCAUUUAGCAGACGGGAAUAGUUGAAAUCAAUCAGCAUGCCAAUGCUUGUUCAUAAUAAGAGAAAUAGAAAAAAAAGGUUGUUUUUUUUGUAUAUUUAUAUAUUUGUAUAGCAUAUAAAGGUGUGAUGUAUUUAAAAGCUGGAAUGAUAGAAAAUGAUUGGUUAUUAUUUUAACAAUCUUUGCUUAGGGGUGUGUCUUUUAUGCAGAGGUAAGAAAAUUGUAGUCAGAGUAUAAACCACAGGGUUCUCUGUGUGUGUGUGUGUGUGUGUGUAUGUGUGUGUGUGUGUUCCAUCUGUGUUUUGGAUGAUAAUGCUGCUUCUCUAGGUUCAGGGUUAAGACGCUGGGAAGGGCAGCUUAUGUCUGGGGAUUGUCUCUGAGCUUUUUGCAUGAGCGCAGAAACGCUGAGUGUCGGAUCCAAAGAGAAUCUGUAUGGAAUGUCCAAAUGAACAGACGGUCCACUGUAAUCCGUGUCAGAAGAUGUAGAAGUAGAGAGCAAAGCUGGUCUUUCACAGCCAUAUCUCUCAUCACACACACACUAGCCCAGAUGAUUUUCCAUAAUCGAUGAAGUGGCUAGUUUUUGGAUGUUUCACUUCAACCUCUCUUAACCCAUUGUACGAUUAUAUUAAAAAAACCUCCCCUAUUAUGAUUUUCUUUUCGUAUAAUAAUUUUUUAACUCAAAUAGAAUGAAAAUGAUCUCAUGAUUUGUGAAU